AUGUUGCUUGUUAUGUGCCCCGAGGUCCUUGUUAUGUCUGGAGACUUCAUCCUUCAUUUAGAUGCACUUCGUGACAAUGACACCAAGAAAUUUAUGGAUUUACUGGAAACGUUUAGUCUUUCGCAACACGUUUCGGGCCCGACCCAUUUAUCGGGUCAUACCUUGGACUUAAUUAUUACUCGUUCGUCAGAUGAUAUUGUUCUUGCUUCUCCUAAAACUACUGUUUCCAUCUCCGGUCAUUUUAUUAUUCAGUCUCCUUUUGGCUUCCAACGACCAGCUUUGUCAUGCAAAGAACUAACUUUUUGUGAAUUCAAAAACAUUGAUAUUGCCGCGUUUUCAGCUGAUAUUGGCUAUUCUAUGCUUUGUGCAGGCGCACACUGGGAGAACAUUGAUGCACUCUAG